ACCUUCGGCUGUGAUGGCUGCCCCCUGUGGCGCCGUUCGUGUCCACAAAGGGGAACUGGCUAGAUUUCCAGGCCAGGUUUGAUGCGGCCUAUCAGUCCGUGCACUGGCCGGAAGAAGAGGCGCUGCUUGCACUGCCCACAUGCUUGGACAAUAGGGCACUGCACACCUUUCUGAACAUCCCACCGGCAGAGAAGACGACGCUGCAGUCGGCCUAUCAGCAGAUGGCCGAGGUGCUCGAGCCGCCCGACAAAGCGCGCCUCAAGUUCACCGCGCGCCGCAGGGAGGAAGGGGAGUCGCCUCUUGCGUUCUGCUGCUCCCUCCUUGAAUUGGCUCGGGCCGCAUAUCCCGACGUAAAAGGAACUGCGCUGGACUCCCUGGUCCUGGAGAGGCUGCUGGUCCUCGCAUUGGAGCUGGGGAUUGUUAUGUCCAUCGGGGUAGGGGCCAAGGCCACUUCGCUGGCCGUCGCGCAAAAUAUUCAGGCCCGGGGGCGGGCCACCUGCUUUCGUUGUGGCCAGGUGGGCCACUUUGAGAGGGGGUGCAACAACGAGCCCGGGGCCUUCUCCAAGGCCUCUCCUCCUGCGGGCGUCCCUCCAGCAGCGGAGCCUCCCAGGCAGCAGGCUAGUCGCGAUGCAUCCAUUGCACGCCCGCUCUCUCCUCCUCAGGGGGUCGACGUGAGGAUCCUGGUGGAUACGGGGGUGUCCGCCACCAUUGUGCCCGAGUCGCUGCCGCACAGUGUGGGGCCGUUGCGGCCGGUGCGCGGGGUGUGCGUGGCUGCCAACGGGGGCCCUCCUCCCGGCAUCCUUGAGCCGCCGGGAGGGGUGCUGGAGCGCCAGCGGCUCCGCGAUCUCAUCGUCAGAUUCGCCGAUGUGUUCAGCCAGGGCAAAUUCGAUUUGGGCCGUACCACUCUCCUGGAACAUCAUAUCGACACGGAUGCCGAGCUGGUAGAAGCCCCUCUGGCUGAUGAGCCGAGCUUCUCUUAG